UUUUUAACUAAGCAAAAAUAUUCAGUGAUGGAAGAGACAGCUGAGACCAAGCGGCAUGUUUCCAAGAAGGAAGCUCAAAGAUUUCAAGAUGGAAGACCAGAAGUUGAAUAGUUAUAAGACUAAAUUUAAGGUUUCAGAUUCCAAACAAUUGACUAAGAAGAAGAUUAAAUUAGUUGAAAUCCUUGGUGCUGGUAGGAGGAAGAUCAUUAGUAUCAAUAAUAUCCAGCAGAAGAGCAAGUAUAAGGAUAAGCCUCAUGAGAAGCUUCAGGAGAAGAAAACUCCUAAAUAAAAAGAAAGAGCCUGUAUCGCCUGUUAAGUUCAAGAAGUUAGAGACUUUGUCCUUAAAGCCUUUUAAUGUUGGUUCUGUCUCAGUGAACAAGACUCCACAAAAGCGCAAAUUUAGGAUAUCAAAACGAAGGAAAGCUAAGAAUUUCAAAAUCAGGAUUAAUAAUACUUGUGCUAAACCAAGGACAAAAACUAGCAAUUUCAGUUACACUCCUCAAUACAACAUCAAUGAAUACAAACCAUUGAGUAAUGAUGCCAAAUUGAGAACGAUAUCUGUGUGUCUAUUACCAAAGUUACCAAAGGGAGCCUUAGCUAAAAAUGAACUAAACCUCAAGAUCAGUGAAGAAUCUAUCAAAAACUACAUUAUGGAGAACCGGAAAGAUAAGUACAACAGUUGGGUUCUGAAACAGAUAGGGUGUUAAUUCUAUUCCCAUAUACA